GCAUGCCCUUUUGUUCAUUAGCUCGUCCUUGUCGUUGCCUCUCAUAUCAAUACUAUAUCUUCCCCCCUUCUAAAAAGCCUAAAGAUAAGAAAACCCAUUCAACAACAAAAACCCAACACACAACUAAACGCAUACAAAUAGCUAGAGAUAGAGCCAGACUCAUAGAAUACACAAACAAAAAUCAAAAACACAAAACAAAACUCUCCCAUAUAUAUCAUCUAUCUUCAUGGCUGUCGAGGCUCGGCAUCUCAAUCUCUUCCCUUCUCAACUCAUAGGAAACAGGGAAAUGAUGAACCCCAUUGAAGCAAACGCAAACAUGUACAACAACAACCAGAUGGGAUACACAUACACAGUUCCAUUAUCAGGAACAACAACAGAGACUAUGUUGCCAGCUGCAUACAAUUCUUUGAUGAACGAUUCGAUUCCUCAAAAGGCAGCGAUAAAAUCAGAGAGCGGUCUCACCUAUAACAUCCCUAUUCCCAUCUCGAGAAAGCGCUCAAGAGACUCCAUGAUCAACCCCAGCUUGAGCUUCCUCUCUCAUCACCAAACCACUCCUCAGCCACAAAAGAAUUGCGGGUCCUUCUCUUUUCUCGGUGAAGACAUUUCCUUUCAGAUCCAACAACACCAAUUCGAUAUCGACCGUCUCAUUUCUCAACAUAUGGAGAAGGUGAGGAUGGAGAUAGAAGAAAAGAGAAAAAGACAAGCUCGGAGGAUUGUUGAAGCAAUAGAAGUGGGGAUGAUGAAGAGGCUAAAGGCUAAAGAGGAAGAGAUAGAGAAAAUUGGUAAAAUGAACUGGGCUUUAGAAGAGAGAGUGAAAUCGUUGUGCAUAGAGAAUCAAAUUUGGCGUGACUUAGCCCAAACCAACGAGGCCACAGCCAAUGCUUUGAGAUCAAACUUAGAACAAGUCUUGGCAGCGCAGGUUAAGGAAGAACGCACCCACGGCGCAGCAUUAGACGAAGCAGCACUACUCAUGGACGAUGCACAGUCGUGCUGUGGAAGCAGCGGCGAAGAAGAAGAUCAUCAUCAUAGAGACGUUGUUGUUGUUGAAGGAGGGAGGCGCACGUUAGCAUGUGGGGUGGCGCAGGAUAAGGAGGAUGAUGGUAAUGGUAAUGGUAAUUAUUAUAAUGAAAAUUACAAGACUAGUAGUGAAUGUGGGAACAAUAGGUGGUGCAGGAACUGUGGCAAACAAGAGUCGUGUGUACUGCUUUUGCCCUGUAGACACCUCUGUCUAUGUACUGUUUGUGGGUCUACGCUUCACAUUUGCCCCAUCUGUAAAUCCCCCAAGAACGCCAGUGUCCAUGUUAACAUGUCUUGAAAAUUUUACAUAUACCCAAUUCACCAUAAAUCCCAAUUUUUCUUUUUCUUAA